AUGCAGCACGUCCGAGGCCUGCGGCUAGCUGGCUGCCUGGCCCUGGUUGCCCUGGCCAGCCUCGUGUGCAGCCAGCAUGUGUUCCUGGCCCCAGAGCGGGCACUGUCGCUGCUGCAGCGCAACCGCCGUGCCAACAGUGGCUUGCUGGAGGAGAUACGCAAGGGCAACCUGGAGCGGGAGUGCAUUGAGGAGACGUGCAGUUAUGAGGAGGCCUUCGAGGCCCUGGAGUCAUCCAGCAGCACGGAUGCAUUCUGGGCCAACUACACAGUGUGUGAGCCAGUGAGGAAGCCUCGAGAAAAUCUCAUGGACUGUCUGGAAGGUCGCUGCUCCCAGGGCCUGGGACUAAACUACCGGGGAAAAGUGAACGUCACCCAGUCAGGCAUCGAGUGCCAGCUGUGGAGGAGUCGCUACCCACACAACCCUGAAAUCAACUCCACCACCCACCCUGAGGCCGACUUGCAGGAGAACUUCUGCCGCAACCCCGACGGCAGUGGCACGGGCCCCUGGUGCUACACCACAGACCCCACUUUGCGAAGGGAGACGUGCAAUGUCCCUAUCUGUGGCAAGGGGCAAGUCCCCACGCAGCUGACCCCACGAGCUGGAGAGCCCAAGUCUUCUCCGAAAGACUGUGUCCCUGAGCGCGGCAAGCUGUACGAGGGGCACCUGGCUGUCACCAAACAAGGGUCGCCUUGCUUGGCCUGGAGCAGCCCACAGGCCCAGGCCCUGAGCAAACACAAGGCCUUCAGCCCGCAAGUGCUGCUGCUGGAGAACUACUGCCGGAACCCGGACGGCGACGAGGAGGGCGCCUGGUGCUACGUGGCUGGGAGGCCCGACGACUUCGAGUACUGCGGCCUCCACUACUGCGAGGAGAACGUGGAAGAAGAGGAGAUUGGGCCAGAGGGAGGCCCAGAGGAGGUCAUUGCGGGGCGCACCACCGAACAGGAGUUCCAGACCUUUUUCGACCAGAAGACUUUUGGCCAGGGGGAGGCAGACUGUGGGCUGCGGCCGCUGUUUGAGAGGAAGUCAGUGAAAGACGCAACGGAGGAUGAACUCUUCGAGUCCUACAUCGAUGGGCGCAUUGUCAAGGGUCAGGACGCAGAGAAAGGCAGCGCGCCCUGGCAGGUGAUGAUUUUCCGGAAGAGCCCCCAGGAGCUGCUGUGUGGGGCCAGCCUCAUCAGUGACCGCUGGGUCCUCACCGCUGCGCACUGCCUCCUGUACCCGCCCUGGGACAAGAACUUCACCAUCAAUGACAUCCUGGUGCGCAUUGGCAAGCACAACCGCAACAGCUAUGAGCGCAGCGUGGAGAAGAUCUCCACGCUGGAGAGGAUCGUCAUCCACCCCGGCUACAACUGGCGGGUGAACCUGGACCGCGACAUCGCCCUGCUGAAGCUCAAGAAGCCGGUGGCCUUCAGCAACUACAUCCACCCCGUGUGCCUGCCUGACAAGAGGGUUGUCAACAGAUUGUUCCAAGCUGGAUACAAAGGGCGGGUGACCGGCUGGGGCAACCUGAAGGAGACGUGGACGGUGACCAUGAACGAGGUGCAGCCCAACGUCCUGCAGAUGGUGAACCUGCCCUUGGUAGAAGUUCCCGUGUGCAAGGCAUCCACCCGGAUCCGCAUCACCGACAACAUGUUCUGUGCUGGUUACAAGCCUGAGGAGGAGACCCGAGGGGACGCCUGUGAAGGUGACAGCGGGGGACCCUUUGUCAUGAAGAGCCCCUAUAACAACCGCUGGUAUCAAAUGGGCAUCGUCUCCUGGGGGGAAGGGUGUGACCGGGAUGGCAAAUAUGGCUUCUACACUCACGUCUUCCGCCUGAAGAAGUGGAUUCGCAAGGUGGUGGAUCGCUAUGGCUAGGGGCCAUGCCAGCCCCUCACUGCUGAAACUAGUCUGGUCAAAGAACUGCUAUUGUGGCUGAUGUCUAAAGUUAUGGUUCCCAAUAAAAGUGACUGUCAA